AUGACAGACUGGACCCCAGAGACGCUCCUCUCGCACCUCUCCUACGGCUACUCCCUCAAGGACCUGCCGCCCCCGCAGCGCAUCCCAUCCACCCGCCUCGCCCGCGAAGCCACAGCCAUCUCAUCCUCCUCCAUCGGCACCCUCGACGCCCUCCCGCUCGAACUCCUGCACCUCAUCCUCGAGCAAACCGACAUCCUCUCCCUGCUGCGCUUCGCCCGCACCUCGCUGCGCGCCAAAUCCGUCCUCUCGUCGCUGCACGCCUACAACUUCCUGCUCGCCCACGCCCCAGACGCCCUCAGACAGCUCGCCCUCGCCAACCUCCUCGCAGCCCACGAGACCCGCUCGCUCUACACCGCGCUGCUCUCAACCGCCUGCUCGUCCUGCCUCCAGCCCUCGCGAGCAACUCACUUCUACCUCCCCUCGGCCCAACGAAUCUGCUAUUCCUGUCGCACGCUCAACCCGGGCCUAUGGCUGAUCCCGCUGUCCUUCGCCAGACGCUGUUUCAGGCUCGGCGCUUCAUCCACCGCAAAGCUUCCCCUGCUUCACUUCCGGCCUGACACCAUCAUCACCUCCGGCAACCGCAAGCACAAGCACAGGCGCAAGUCCGAGCCGUGCGUGUCGCUUCGUGACGUGCGCCGGCUCGCGGAGAAGGUGCAUGGUUCCAUGGAGGAGGUAUACCGGCUGCAGACCAAGGGCGGCAUGCACGCUUCCUGUCUGAUGGAGGCGUACUUGAUGCAGUUCCUACGAGACGCGCCCUGCCAGCCCUUCACCCCGUUCCUGCUAGCGUCGACGGGCUGGUGGGAGGAGAUUUCAGAGUACCUUGCUCGUCUGCUGGAUGACCUGGGCGUGGUGGGCAGGGAGUGUGUGCCGUUGCCGUGGCCUGAUGCCACCAUGGUGGUGCCUUCGUCCGCUUCUACUUCUACUUCUACUUCUUCAUCUUCAUCUUCCUCUUCAGCUGGAGAUGAUGAUGUUAUGGAGGGGUACUGGUGUCAGGGCUGCUCGAAGCUGGCCAUGUGGUAUCUGCAAGGCAGGAUAGAGAGAGAGGUGUGUUCGACGUUGGUGCCUGGUGUGUCUGAUGGGUUUGAAACCAUCAAGGCCCUUCUAUUCAUUCUCCUCUCACUUGUUUUUUUUUUCCCCUGGAUAAUCAUUAACUACCAUGAACUCUACCAGCUCGGCUAUACAUUUGUCUUUCUCUUUAUUUUGGUUACCGUUAUCGGCAACCAAGAUAUUAAGAACAAGACAGGUAAGUCAUCAAACAGAGCGCUUUUCUUCUUCAAAAGGCGGACAAAAGGGAAAAAAAGCAUGAGAACCGAAGAGCAGGAACCAGAGUACGCAGUACGAAGUAGUCGGCAUAUAGACGGAAAAGAUAAAAGUAAAAAACCAGUCGGGAAAAGAGAAAACAAGAAGGGAAGCCAAAUCAUUCGCUGGGAAGAGAUGGAACAUGAGAAGUAUGAAAAAAAAAAAAAAAGAAAAAGAAAAGAAAGCAAUGCGGAUAAAGAAAAGAAGAAGAGAAAGCCGCCCCAUGAGACGGCCAAGGACGAGCAGACCAGGGGCUGA